AUGUCAUUGAGGGCUGCAGACAAGAAGAUCAGCAAGAAGAAGCAGAUAUACAGGCCGAUUUUGGACAAUCCGUUCACCAAUGAGGGUCACAUGUGGCCGCACGUCGAAGAGCAACCGAUCGUCUGGGAGCUGCUGGAGACUACCAUACUGAGCAAGGUACGGCAAUUUGCAGACGUUCCGCCGCAGGAGUGGCCCUGGGACAUCGUCACGGAUUUCAACGAGAUCGUCAGACGCCUCGACGGUACGGUGGGUGCUAAAGAGGAGGUCAUUUUGUACGUCUGCGUUAAGGAUUCUGGAGUAUCGUCGGUGCUGUUGCAACAGAUACCGCUGCUGUGCUACAUGUACGCGGGGGAGGUGACGCUGGUGCAAUUGGCGCGGGGCGCGCUGCCGCAGAUCAGGGCCGCCAUUGCGCAAUCUCCUCUUGAGUGCAAGGACGGGCUGCUCAUGGUGCGCUGCAACGGCAAGAUCAACGAAAACUUCGUCAAACAGGUUAAAGCCCGAGUCGCGCCGUUGCAAUUCCCCUGGCUGGACUCGAUCAAGUACCUGCCUGCCGACGUCAAGAUGGUCAGAACGUCGCUGCCGGCUGCUAAGCGAUAG